AUGGACAGUGCGCCCCUGCAGUCCCCAGGCGCCUGGCUGUCCCUCCGUCCGCCCCCGGAGCGGGCGAGGACAGGGGACUGUCGGAGUCGCCGGGCCUUUCUGGUCGGUUUUGCUGGAGCUUUGUCGCCGCCUUGUCCGAGACAGGAGAGCCGGGAUGCCCCUCAGCGGGGAGGGUGGGGGGAGCCGCCCCUGCGCGCCCCAAACUCGGUGCCCUCCCAGCUCUCCCCGGCCUCGUCCUCUCCGUCUGACUUUCCCACACUCCUGGGCGUCGCUGCGCCCGCCUUGGGUACCAUCACCCUUCCAAGUCGCCCGGCCCGGGGCCCGUUCGGCUCGCCUCCCCUCUCCCUCCAGGCCGCGACAGUCCCACCCGAGGCGAAAACAAACAGCCCCCCAGGGCACUUCAAGGGAGCGUGCGGCUGCCCGACGGCACACUUGGCAGGAUGA